GGCAGUCACACUAAGGAUACGUCAGGGAGCAUGACUGCUGCCGGAAAGGGGCAUGACAUGUACUGUCAGGAGGCAGUGUCCUUCAUAGUUGACCUCUGUACACAGGACAGCCCAUGGCUAGACCACAGCACCUGUGAGGAGUUCCUCUUUCUCAUCUCCAAUCAAGAGCUCAACCACAGAGAACUGGACAUCACUGCUGGCCUCCCCAUCGGUGUGAUAAUAGCGUGUGGAUUGGCACUGCUGUUACUAUCUGCACUGGUCUCCUGGAAACUGUGCUGGGUUCCUUGGAGGAACAAAGCCCUCUCAUCCAGUUCUGCGGCCCUUGCCCCAGACGACUACCUCUCACUUCAGUUACCAUCUCUCCUACCGAGUCCUCAGCCAUCUGAGGUCGCUAUGGCGACUGAGAAGGAAAAGUAUCCCAUGGCGUCGAUGGGCUUCCUGGAGGCAGCUGUUAAAAUAAGCCACACAUCUCCUGACAUCCCCGCUGAGGUACAGCUCUCAAUGAGGGAGCACUUUUUGCGCCGUACGCAGCGCAUGCAGAGACAGACCACCGAACCAGCAUCAUCCACCAGGCAUAGCUCCUUCAAACGUCACCUCAACCGUCAGAUGCAGGUAGGCAGUCUGGACCUGGGGAACGACUAUGAUGUGGAUGAGCAGCCAACCAGCAUCGGCCGCAUCAAGCCUGAACUGUACAAGCAGACGACCACAGGGAACGAAGACUCGGGCAAUAGUCAAAGUGCCAAAAACUGUGGGAAGAUAAAUUUUUCUCUAUGCUACGAUUAUGAGAAUGAGAUUUUACUCGUCAAGAUACUCAAGGCCUUCGAUCUACCAGCCAAGGAUCUUUGUGGCAGUUCUGACCCUUAUGUCAAGAUCUACCUGCUACCAGAUCGCAAGCAGAAGUUCCAGACGCGAGUCCAUCGCAAAACGCUCAACCCUACGUUUGAUGAGUCCUUCCAGUUUCCUGUACCCUAUGAUGAGCUGCCUGUCAGGAAACUCCAUCUCAGCGUUUUUGACUUUGACCGGUUCUCAAGGCACGAUAUGAUUGGGGAGGUCACACUGGACAAUCUGUUUGAAGUGUCUGAUCUCUCAAGGGUGACGUCCAUCUGGAAAGACAUUCAGUAUGCUACCUCUGAGAGUGUGGACCUGGGAGAGAUCAUGUUCUCACUCUGCUAUCUGCCAACAGCAGGGAGAUUAACACUCACAGUCAUCAAGUGCAGGAACCUUAAGGCAAUGGACAUAACAGGAUACUCAGAUCCCUAUGUGAAAGUAUCUCUCAUUUGUGAUGGGAGACGUUUGAAAAAGAAGAAGACUACAACAAAGAAAAACACCCUGAAUCCCACCUAUAAUGAGGCCAUUAUCUUUGACAUCCCUCCUGAGAGCAUGGACCAAGUCAACUUGCACAUCUCUGUCAUGGACUAUGACCUGGUGGGCCAUAAUGAGAUAAUUGGUGUGUGUCGUUUAGGGUGUGGUGCUGAAGGUUUAGGUAGGGACCACUGGAAUGAGAUGCUCGCCUACCCCCGUAAGCCAAUUGCACACUGGCACCCCCUGGUGGAAACCACUAAAUCAGAAAAAGAGUGGAAGGUUAGGACGGCCAGUUUUGACAGUCAGGGGUCCUGCCCCUCCCCCAAACCCAUUGCCAGCCCUUGAUCAGAGCUAUAUGUAAGGCAUCCCCACUCUCUAACCAUUGUCAGUCUGACAGUCCAAGGUAAAAAAAAUAAAAAAUUAAAAAAUAAAUAAAUAAAAUAGGGAAAGAGAGAGAUGAAGAGAAAUGUUCUCCAAGCCCUGCUAUUUCCCACACAGGUUGCUUUAGAUGGUUUACAAACACUGAUCUAAGUUCAAACUCUGUUGUGUUUGCCUGAUGUUCCGUGUAUUCAAGCUGUUCCAGUUCAUAUGAUCCUCAGCCAGUUCUUGGGGGAUGUUGUGCAAACAUUUACACCUAGAAUGCUCUGCAAUGCCAACUUUGUGUUACUAGAAUAGCUUGGUAUUGUUAGCAGAGAUGUUUCUUUCCUAUUUUAAUUUUCUUCCAGACAAAAGCAUUUGAAAUCUGACCGUGGUGUUUUGCAAGCAGUCUGCGUGCACGUAGAACUUUGUGCACAGUACUGUUGUACUUUGUGGAAGGCUCUGCUCAUAUCUUAGACUUUGAAAGCAGGAUCAACCAUCUUGGGGGUUGGAUGGGUUAAGAAUAUGUUCAGAAAGGACAAAGGUAAAUCAGAGACUGAGGGAAAAGGACAAUGUUUUGUGUGAGUGAGAAAAGAGAACAGAAGAGAAGGAAAUGGAUUUGUUAUGUGCUACUAUGAACAAACCAUUUUCUCUUGAAAUCUGUAUGAAAAACAACCUGUGUGAAGGUAUACACAUCAUGAAAUAUAUUUAAAAAAUUUCAGUUUCUAGAUGUUAUAUAAAUGUUAUACGUGUACAAAAAGACUGUCUGAAUUUCUUCAGAGCACAAACAUUUUUUUUCCUAUUCAUAGAUUUGCCAAAACAAAGACAGUUUACAUGUAAAAUAAUUCAUAUUUGCACACAAAAACACUUCAGAUGUAGCUAAAUAAAUUUAUGUGAUUACAUUAAUAUUCGUGUGUGAGUACCGUGUGUACAAAACUGGGCAUUUAAAGUAACAGUGUGUUCACGUGACUGAAAUAUCCAUAGAUAUCUGUCUUGGCUGAUGUGAGUUGUUCUUUUCACUUUUUGUAUUAUUCAAAUGCAUUUGAGGAGGUAAUUGAGGGUUAUAUUUAUAGCAUUGUAUUUAACAGAUUCAAUUCCUCUUUGAACCCUCCAGCUGUUCCAUUUUAAACAACUUACAGUAACAUCUUGUUCAGUUGACAUCUUUUGACAUGUAAUUUUACUGUAAGUUAAAUUGGACUGUCAUAGUUUUCUAUACUGGGCAACGUCUGGAGUAAACAAUUUAUGCUCAAAUUUGGAAAUAGAUUAAUAUUCAGGCCUGUAUGUCAAGAGCAGGGUUGACAUAACUUCAUGAAAUCACAGGUACUUAAAACUAAUUUUUUAUCUUAAGAUUUGCAUUUGUUGCAUUUCACACAAAUUACACUGUUAUGAAUAUGUCUUAAAAAUAUGGACAAUUGAAAGGAUAUGUAUGAGAUAAUGUGGUACACAAUGUCUGUUACAUAUGGAAAUAUUUAUAUUAAUAAAAUAUGAUAUAUCAUUAUUAUAUUUUUACUGUAUACAUUUUUAGUGCUGGAUAAUAAUUAACAAAGUAGUCAAAAUAGUAAUUAAUGUUACUUUUUAGAUGUUUAUGUCAUAAAUCUAAGUCUUUCAUUUCAACUAAGGAUUUUCCAUUUUUAUUUAUUUAUUUUUGUUUAUCUCUGUGGUUAAAAGUUUAUCUUUGGUCUGUUUACUCAAUCCUGGUUUCUGACUUAGUUCUUACAUUUACCUUCAUUCAUAACAGAGUGGAAUUUAAAUCUAACAGACAGAGCUACUCUGGUUCACAUUGCUCAGUGCUAAAUUAAAGGGUAAGUUCACCAAAAUCUGUCAUAAUUUACUUACCCUCAUGUCACUCCAAACGUGUAUGACAUUCUUUCUUCCAUGGUACACAAGAAGAAAUAAAAAAAAAAUUUAAAAAAUUUUUUAAAAAAAGAAGAAGAAAAGAUAAAAGUCAUACCACUUAUUACAACAAUAAUGUAAGUAAAUGAUGACAGAAUUUUCAUUUUGGGUGAACUAUUCCUUUAACAUGUCUGUAGUUGCUAUAGUCCAAAUUUCUCCUCUCACUCAAAUUUGCAUAAAAAUUGCUGCAAAUGUUGGAAACAGAUAACAUAAAUGCACAAAAGUAGCAUUAGGUCAGAGCUUCCAUUCAAAGUCCUGGACAUCUUGACACUUUUAUGAUUUAAAUUAAAAAGAAAAUGAGAUAUAGGUUGCUUACAGACAGACAAUUCAAAUGCAUGCAACAGCUGUUACAAAGGCACAACCACUGGUAGUGUGAACCUACUAUGCAGGAAGCUUGUUGUCAAUGCUGCCCAAACAUGCUGGGCAGUGGGCACAGCUCAAGAUUCCAGAGCAAUGACUUUUCACUUAUUUCCAGUUGGUGGUGUUAAAAUAUCUUGAAAUCCAUAUGGCACGUGGGACACAUCCUCCAUCAUCUCAUAGGGUAAUUGUUAAGCUUGAAGUAUUUCUAUAUAGUAAGAAUUCAUAUUUUAACAGAAUCUUUAAAAAUUCCAGUCAUUGUUGAGGAAAUGGUUGUGACAAAGUACAACUUUUUGGUCUUACCUGUUUUUACAAUAAUAAUAAUGUUGUAAUACUCAGAUAACUUAGAGUGUGUUUCUGUUGGUAAAUGUAAAAUAAUAAAGUUACGAAAUACAGUCUGGUUCUUUACCUCACCACUUACUCUUGUGUGCUGUGUUUUAACAAACCGUUUCUGCCCCCUUGUGAAUGAAACGACUUUCUAAUUUUGUAUUGAUCAUUUGUACUUAAUAUAACUUGUAAUGUUUGAAAAGGUUCUUGUAUUUUAAAAAUGCCUAAAUAAAAUGUUGGUUCAGUCA